GGAGAAAAAGAGUCAGCCAGUCAAGAUAGAAAGAGGGAUGGUAAGCGAAAUGAAAGGCAAUGGAUAGUCCAGAAGGGUUUCUCCAGAGGAACGAUAAACAAAAAGUUAACCACCGCAAAGGCCAACCCAUUGAGUAAUAAAAAGAUGAAAGCGGUCGCUAUCCCCACUUUAACGGCGGCCAAAAA